AUGGCAGGUUCUGCAGAAGUUCAACAGUUUAUCAAGGAAGCUAUUUCUCAAGAAAAAGUAGUUGUGUUUUCAAAAUCCUACUGUCCUUAUUGCAAAUUGGCAAAAGACGUUUUUGAGAAAGUUAAACAACCAAUAAAAGUCUAUGAGCUUGAUGAACGCAAUGAUGGGGCUGCUAUUCAGGACAACCUAGCGGAAAUUACUGGGUUCAGGACAGUACCUCAAGUAUUUAUUAAUGGCAACUGCAUUGGCGGUGGAUCUGAUAUCAAAAAUUUAUACGAGUCUGGGAAAUUACAGCCUAUGCUUAUUGGA